UGGAUAGUGAGGUCAGAGCUCUGAUCAUCAUGUCUUUCUCCUAUCUGCUCUUGACCCUGCUGCUGGUCACCACAGUUGCAGCCUCGCACUUCUAUGGAGGCUCAAUGACCUUCAACCCUGGAAGGAACUCUGAUGGAACCUACAAGGUGGAAUUACGCUUCAAGGAGACGUACCAUUCCUGUUAUCAAGAUGAUACCUGGGGAUGCAGGUCUGGAGACUGCGGUAAUGAGAACAGUUUUGUGAUUGGUCAAGUAGAUUCCAGUUCCAAUGGUGGUAACUGGUGUCAGUCUGAGGGAGUUGUAACAAGAACUGUUUCCACCAACAACCCAUUUGAGCUGCUCAAAAGUAGUUGCUGCUGGAUCUACAACACAGUCACUAAUGUUGGAGGCUGGAGUCUUCUCACUUAUAUUGAUCUUGGAGUGAGAUCCGAUACCUCAGAGCCCAACAGAUCACCAAUAACCACCACGUUACCCUUGAUUAGAGUUCCUCAGAACUGUCCCAGGAGGUACAAUCUUUUAGCCUUUGAUACUGAUGGCGACCAAGUGAAAUGCAGAUAUGGUCUUAGACACAAUGAUGAGUGUGGAGUUUGCAACCAACCUGCUGGUUUUACAGUGGAUCAGAGUAGCUGCUCUUUGUCAUAUGGCUACACAUGGCUCCCUGGAGUUUAUUCAUUUGAGCUGGUACUGGAGGAUUUCCCCAUGCACAGAAUUACUCUCUCCUACACCAACCAACCUUCAGUGACAAGAUCUCCUAUCAGUGUCAUCAGAGACAGACGUUCUAAUAAUGGACAAGGAAUUCCAAAUCACCAACCACCUGCUGUCAACGGUGGCCAACCUCCAAAUAAUGGACAAGGAAAUCCAAAUCAACAACCACCUGCUGUCAACGGUGGCCAACCUCCAAUUACUAAAACCAUGCCAGAAACGACUACAACCACUUUACCAACUACUACAACCAUGCCUGAAACUACUACAACCACUUUACCUACUACAACUAUGCCUGAAACAACUACAACCACUUUACCAACUACUACAACCAUGCAUGAAACUACUACAACCACUUUACCUACUACAACAAUGCCUGAAACAACUACAACCACUUUACAUACUGCUACAACCACGCCUGAAAUGACUACAACCACUUUAACUACCACAACCACACCUGAAACGACUACAACCACUUUACCUACUACUACAACCAUGUCUGAAAUGACUACAACCACUUUAACUACUACAACCAUGGCAGAAAUGACUACAACCACUUUACCAACUACUACAAGCAUGCGUGAAACUACUACAACCACUUUACCUACUACAACCAUGCCUGAAACGACUACAACCACUUUACCUACUACUACAACCACGCCUAAAACGACUACAACCACUUUUACUACCACAACCACGCCUGAAAUGACUACAACCACUUUACCUACUACUACAACCACGCCUGAAAUUACUGCAACCACUUUACCAACUACAACCAUGCCUGAAACGACUACAACCACUUUACCUACUACUACAACCACACCUGAAAAACUACAACCACUUUACCUACUACUAUAA